AGAAAACCCCCAAUAACUACGUGAUAAUAACCAAUCCUCUCUAUGGUAUGACACCCCCCUUGACAAUGAAAAUGAAAUCAACUUUUUGUUUUUGCAAAAAAACACCAAAGCCCCUGUUGUAGGUAGAAGAUAAUGUGGUCCCCCACACAGUGUGAAACAUGAUCCCAUAUUCAGUUGUCCCCAAAUAAUCAAACAAAUUCAUUCCCCGGGCCAUGUACAGCAUGGAGGAGCUUGUUUUCGUUCCGAUCUGAUCAUCGCAGGGGCACGACAUCAAGGCUGACGUAGAGCAGGUGGUCGUCGAGCAAACAGAUCUAGGAGCGCGAAUGAUGAAGUGGAUAUGGCAGCAAGAGGGUCGUGGUGGUCCUGGUCCUGCAGCAAGCGGCAGCAGCCAGGAGACGAAGGACGAUGAUCAUGAAGAAAGACCUGCGUCAGGGUCAGCCGUUCCCAACGACCUCGACGUACGACGACCCCGGGGCUCGUCAAUUCCAUCGCGGCAUUCUUGUGCGGCCGACAUAAACGUAGAGCGAAGGUGGAUACUAGGGAGACAACCAUCUAGGCGGACAAGCGAGGCGGGUAAUACUACCAGUGCCAGCGCUACUAGCGCUAUGAGACGGCAUCAAGUGCGAAGAAAUCCACGAGAUAAAAGAUGCAGGAUAUUGAUGCUACCGCGCUGUCCCAGUAGCGGUCGAACACAUCAUCAUAGAGACGCAACUGUUCAUCGUUGCAAAAGACGUCAGACCACAACCACAUCUUUACAAGUACCUAGCGGCCCUGCAUCUGUUGCAGAACGAGGACCGUUUGCUCGGAAAGUUGUACAGCGACGUGGAACUGCAGCGUUCGUCUAUGGUUGCCGCGACGUCGCACCUGCGUCCUCGGCGGGUAAAAAUAUCAAUCUGCCGAUGUGGCGUUUUAUUCUGGCGACACUACUCGGGACGACGACGACUACGUUGUUUGCAGAACCUUUUUGGUCGACGUUUCUUGUUCACCAUAGACCCCUUGUCUCCGAAGAUGAACCGGACCACAAGCGAUGUGGCUGCUCGAAUCACCACGAGCUCAGACGAACUUACAGCAAGCAAAAUUCACUUCUUCAGACGCGUGCCCGCAUCGGAAAAGAAACGCGCUUAAAUUCACUUCCGUCAGGCAGGAGCACCAGCGCGGCAUGGUCCUUUGUCCAAGUCGUGCAGGGGUACCAACUCCAGGUCACUCGGCGAGGAAAAAGAAGUAGCAGAGCUAAGAUGAUUGGACGACGGUCGAGCGCGAAGUACAGAAGAGAUAGAGGCGGUGACGUGCCGAGGAGGUCGUCCGCGCUAGUGCGUGCGAUAUUGAAAGGUCGGGCAGGCACGAGGAACAUAUCGAAGCCGCGAGAGGGCAACUCUGUCGCUUCUGUUGUCGGAGUUGCAGAAGUAGAUCAAGCGCCUCCAUCUCCCAGCGCACAAACCAGAGAUCAUAGACCAGAAACCUCGAAGAUAGGAGGUCAGGUGCCAGUACUAGCAGACAAUGCUGUCUCAUCGUCAUCUUCGAACAAUAACGAGCAGCGCGACAGCAAAGCUGAUACAGUGGAAUCCAGAUCCGGCACUAAUUUCCAGGAGCUCAAAUCCUCGGUCAGCAGUAGAGCAGAGAAAAGGACGACAAAAGAAGAAGAACAGCAACGACAACAGUCGCAUACGCAACUCGACUCUGCUUCCUCGGCCUCCUCACAGAGGAACAAGCAUCAGCAAGAAUCUUCUACUGCGCGUGGGCGCAUGCACCAACACCGCUUGUUCAGCCUGGCUUCUAGAGAAGGGCAGACGGAGCAGCGCGCGCGGAGCGGAGAGGAGUGCGUGGAGACGAAGAGUUGCACCUCCUCGACGCGCCAGCGGUGCUACGUGAAGGAAGGCACUGUCGAAGAACCCACCUCCGCCUUUUGUCUCGACACGGGCUCUUGCGAGACGGAGCAAAACAGCGAGACGUGGAACUGCGGCGUUCUAAUGACGGAAGAGGAAGCUGCGCUUUCUGUUUCUGCGGAGGCCACGAACCUGGGUCUCGUGAUGGGCCUGGUUGUGCUCGGCAUGGUUUUAGUCGGCACGAUCUUGAUCUCCAUCCUCUUUUUCGCCGGUGUACUCACCUGCGGCGACGCGGACACCACGGCGUCGCCAAAUUCGUCGGGAAAGCGCAACAAGAAAGGAAGCCGCGACUCGACGGACACCAGCGACAGCAAUAAUUCCAGCGACGAAGAGAAGAAGAAGAGCAAAAGACGGAAGGGGAGGAAGAGCUCCUCCGAUGACAGUGAUGACAGUGGUGCGAAAAAGAAGAAGCGCAGUUCUUCGGAAGAUGCGAGCGACACCAGCGGGGACGUGCACCAGUCUUUUUCGAACAAGGCCGCCACCCAGUCGUUCUCCAACAAGGCCGCCACCCAGUCAUUCUCGCAGAAGGCCGGCACGCAGUCUUUUUCCCAAAAAGCGAACCAGUCGUCCGGCAAGAAAAAGAACAACAGCGACAGCGACGACGCUCCAACCUCCUCGACGCCGGGAAGCGACGAUGAUUCCGAGUCCGGUGAUGGGAGCAAUUUGAAUUCCUACACGUCCAACAUGCAUUCCAGCGAGGCAUUCUCGGGCGGGCACCAAGGCGGCCAGUCCCACGAGAGCUUCCAUGGGAGCAAGGGAACCAAGGACAAGAAACAGCUGCUGAGCAAGAACAGCAGCGACGACACGCUGUUCCACGAGGGCUCCGGCAACAUCGGCAGCUUCAGCAACGUGGGCAUGGGCAGCUUCAGUGGCAGCGCCCGGAGCUCGACCAAAGACGAAAGUAAGAAGGACAAGAAGGACAAGGAGAAACAGCGCAUCCUCGAGAAGCAGAAGGAGAAGGAGCGCCAGAAAGCGGAGAAGGAAAGAGAGAAGAAGGAAAAGAAAGAGAUGAAGAAAGAAAAGAAGCAAGAGAAUAAAGUACCGGACAAAGAAAAGGUGUACGACACGCACGACAAUUUCAAACUGGACUCCGGGCUUGCGGGCGGUGCUCCGCCCGGGCGUGCUUCGCAAGCGCCUGGCGGGGCGCGGCCCUCUUUUUUCGACGCCGCGUUCGGACAGUUAGGCAAGCAGACCCCGGCCGCGGACAAGGACAAGAAAAAGGACAUAAACUCUUCGAAAGACACCGACCAGGGGGAGCAGAAGGGGAUGGGCAGCUUUUCCGGGACCAGCACCAGCGAGAGCAGCUCUGGGGACGAUUCGAAGAACGCCAGCAAGUCCAAAAAGUCAAGCCGGAAACCGCAGGCGGGGGGUAGCGCCAUAGCGAAGGCGAUGGCGGCCCGCGCUUCCAAGAUUGUGUCCGAUGCGCCCAUGUCGGGCAAGGACGCGCCCACGUCGGGCAAAGAGAAAGACAAAAGCGGCGGGGGCGCGCGGAAGUCGAUUUUAGCGGCGGCAAUGAUGGGCGGCAGCAGCGGCGCCAAGAGCGGUAUUAGCUCGGUCUCGAAGAGCGGCCUUACCUCGACCUCCGGAGACAGCGAGAUAGGCAGCAGCGCCGACAGGAAAAAGAAAAAGGCGACGGGCUCGGGUUCAAGAAAAUCCGUUGCCCCCGGCGGAAGAAAGUCUGCCCGCCCGUCAACAAGAAGCAAAACGCCGACGAGUAAGAAAAUGAAGAGCAAGAGUCCAGCCUCCAUGAAGUCCAAAAUGGAUAGCACAAUCGUUUCUUCGCCUAUGGACGCAGAAAAUAGAAGCUCGGUACUGAACGCGCGAGCCACGGCGCGCGCUUCUGCCAUACCACCGAUUGAUUUCGCAACCAUCCAGCCCGACGCCGGGACCACCCUGGACGACGCCAGGGCUAUUGCGCGCGCAAGCACCACCGCGCCGCGGCUCAGCACAAAGCCCCGCCCAUCGUCGAAAAGCCCGCGGGCGAGCAAACGGGGAGGUUCCCGACGGUCGGUCAGGUAGGUUAGGUUCGAAGUGGUGAGGCAUUCAAAGAUUAGGCACUACUUGUUUCAAGCUUGACUUGAUAAUCUCUUUAUGUAAAAAUCAAUUAUGUUUGUUUUUUUCCGCAUCUUCGCCCAUUAGUUUAUCUUUUCAUUUUCUGUAAUUAGAAGUGUGUAAACCGAAAUUCCUCGUGUUGUACCAUGUGAUAAGCAAUACAUAUUAUCUCAACCGGCAGCUUUUUAUCUGUUGCAUGACAGCGCCCAUUUCUAGACCUAGACUUUUAGAAUACACCCAAUAUGCUAUUCCCAAGAUGAAACUCAAAGUCUCUCUUAUUCUUCCCGUUUGAU